CAAGUUCGAACUUCAAACAGAAGGGUCACAUAAACACUACUAACUUUCUCUCCUUCCCUCUCGCCAGCUGUUUGUUUCAUUUUAAGAUUUUUUUUUUAAAGCCACCUUCUCUUCUCAAGCUCAUCAUAAUUCUCUCCCAAAACCCUUAGAUCCGCACAUCCAAACUCACUGCAUUGGCUUUGCUUAUUCCGUUGAUCCCUCUCUUGAUCCGGUGGUUCCAGCGCUUGCAUCCGCUGCUGUCUGAUCUGGACCAGCUGUGAGAGAGAGGUCGAGUUUAGUAUAACGGAGCAAUGAAGUCGGAUGUGAAUGUCAGUGUGAACGUGUCAACGAGUGAAAUGGAGGACAAUUGUGGUUCGCACGGUAGCAAUGAGGAUCUGCCGACAGCAGCUGCUGCAGCCAGCAAUGGGGUUGAGGACGGGAAUGAGAAUGCUAGGGGAAAUGGGGAGGAUGAUUCCGACGCCUCCUACGUUUUUGUCGCUGGAAAUGACGUUGGCGCUGAUGAACCUGCCGAGACUGCUGAUCCCGAUGGGAAGUUUGAACUGGUUGACAAUGUCGAUCCUCGUGAGAAUAAAGUUUCAGAAUCCGAGGUUAAUCCUGGAAUUGCGAAUCUUAGUGCUAGUGCUGCUGUAGGGAAGGAUGCUGAUUCUCCCUUGAAUAAUGAGGUCACCUCAAAGAACAGCAAAGAACAGGACGAUGGUGCUGUUCAAGUGUCAAAUGAAACGGCGCCUGUUGUAGGUUUAGAAGCGCAUGGGCUGGAUUUUCAAGAGCAGAUUGAGGAGGAGCAUGUCGAGCCUUUAGAUGCACAGGAGAGUCAGGAAUUUCAAGUCAAUGUUGAAGUCGCUGUUGAACCUGAAGCUGAAUUGUUACAGUGUGCUGCUGACAAUAAAAGGGCUGGGGAGGAAGACAGUAUUGAAUCGAUUAUAACUCAGAAAUCUGCAGAUGUUGCUGAAUCAGACCAGAAUCAGUGCAGUAAUGUUGAGGUCAUAAGCAGUACAGGUGUUUCCGAAGCAGAGCAAAAUCCGUCUAGUAAUGACGAAGAACAGAUCGAAGGUGAAAGAAAAUCUAAUUUGGUUACAGAUAAAAAGGAAAACCAACAUUCUCUAAUUGUAAUUACUGAUUGCUUUGACAACUCCGAAGUUGCUGAAUCAGAGCAGAGUCAGUGUGGUAAUGUUGAGGUCAUAACCAGAACAGGUGUUUCUGGAUCAGAGCUGAAUCAGUCUAGUAACGACGAAGACCAGAUUGAAGGUGAAAGAAAAUCGAAUUUGGUUACAGAUAUAAAAGAAAACCAACAUUCUCCAAUUGUAAUUAGUGAUUGCUUUGACAAUGAUAAUGAUUUGGACUCGAGUCCGGUGAAGGAACCAGUGGGAUUAACAGACAACUUUCCUGUGAAAGGUUCACAGAAUUCAUCUAAGAUGAACUUAGAGGAGAAUAUAGAAACAAAUUCGUGGGCUGAUGGAAAAUUGGAAGGAGCAGAAUCAACUGCGUGCAGUGAAUAUGCUGAUAACUUGUCUGCAAGUCACGCUCAAGACACUGCUUCAGAAAUGGGUGUUGUUAAUGACUUUUUUGGUGCCAGUCAAAACACAGCUGAACAGAGCAGCUAUCCUGAGGAGGUUGAAACUUUGAUUUCUAUUGAUGCUGAACUUGGCAGGCAUGAAACCCAACCUUCUGAUCCUGACACUGGCGAGAGCUCGCCAGCUUCAAAUGAUAAUGAUGCAAUUGGAUAUCCAACAAAUGGAAUAAUUGUGCCUGUUGUACAGUUGGAACCAGAGGCUGCUAAUGGCCAUAUUAAAUAUGAAAAAGGAGAAAAUUUGGCUACUCUUCAUACUGAAGCAAGUGUUCCACAAGCCGCUAUUAACUUCAUCCAAAUCCAAACCACAACAGAAGAAAAUAAGCCUUCUGAAGUUGUGAACACCAUUCCAGUUGCUCCUGAUACAGCAUCAGAACCGGCAGUUGAAAUUGGGGAUUCUUGCCCUGUGGUCUCAAGCAGUACUGAUGUUGCUGAAUCAGAGUGCAAUCAGUCUGGUAAUGUCGAGAUCACGAACAGUACAAUUAUUUCUGAAUGUGAGCUGAAUCAGUCCAGUAAUGAUGAAGACCAGAUUGAAGGUGUCAUUUCUGAUGAUAUGAGAACUGACACUAUGGUGGGAAACCAAAAUGUUAAUAGCAGUGAAAGUGUCAUUUCUCACCUUGUUGGUGACGAAGAGCUUGUUAUUGAGCCAGAUAGUGGUACAACAGCAAGUUGCCCGGGUAAUGAGAUAAUGCCAGAAAUUAAGACUGAUUCCACAGUUAUUGAAUCCGUGGAAAAAGUGUCUACUUUCUCAAGUGAUGAGGUGGGCAUAGAAUCUGAAGUUUCAGGGCUGGUUGCUAAAUGUCUUGACAACAACUUUGUUUCAGUUGAGGAAUCAGUUCCAGUUGAUGUGAAAGCAGAGUUGAAAAUUGAAAACACAUCAAUUGUUCCAGAUGGCCAUGUAUCUAAACCUGAGGUUUUGAAUGGCUCUGUCAAUGAUAGUGAAAGAAACUUAGAUUGCAUUGAGAAUGACGUAAAUGGUGAAAACAGAGAUCAGUUGGUCAGCAUUGAUGGUCUUGAGAAAAUGCAUAAAGAAAUAGAGUUCAAUGAUGGGGUUAAUAGAGAAGAAGCCGCCAUAUCAUCUCCAAAAGCCUCUGUUGAUGCUUCUGAUUGGCAAAAUGCAGUCACUGAGGUGGUGAAAAGGCCGUUUUACUACAUGAUCAGAAUUCCUAGAUAUGAUGAUGAUGAAAACUUAAAAGAACAGAUCAAAUAUGCUCAGUUUCAAGUCGAUGAGAAGACAAAAAGUCGGGAUGUUAUUCGAGCUGAAAUGCAAAGGAAGAGGGCCGAUUGUAAUGAGUGCGGUGAUUGUCUAAAUGCUGCCAAAUCAGGAGAGGCAGCAGCCCGUGAAUUGCUUAAGGCCAAACGAAAGGAAAUUGACUCUGUGCUGUUUGUGAUUAACAGAGUAAAGAGUGCCUUUUCUAUUGAGGAUAUUGAUGGCAAGAUACGUAAUAUGGAACACAUGAUACAACAUGAAACCCUGCCACUGAAGGAAGAAAAGAAUUAUCUUCGAGAGAUGAAGCAGUUGAAGCAAAUUCGUGAACAACUCUCUUCUAGUCUGGGUAACCAAGAUGAAGUUCAGGAGGCCAUAGAUCAGAAAGAACAAGUUGAAGAGCGCCUGAAGCAUUUGAGGAAAGAAGCAGAUCUUUUGAGAGAAAAUGUUCUCAAAGCUGAAGCAGCCACCAAAAAUGCUAAGAAGAAAUAUCAUGAUGAAAAUGCUAAGCUGAAUGAAUUGAUCAACCAGUUCAGAGCUGCAGAUAACAUUCGGCAAGAAGCAUAUGCACAUCUACAGAGUUUGAGGAAACGAUCCUAUGAAAAGAAUAAAUACUUCUGGAAGUACAAGGAUGAUGCGAAGGCGGCUUAUGAUUUAGCAUCCAAGGGAGAUAGAGAGGAACUCCAAUGUUAUUGUGUUAACCAGGUGGAGAGGGUUAUGGAAUUAUGGAACAAUGAUGAUGAGUUCCGGAAAGAAUACAUUAGAUGCAAUAUGAGGAGUACAGUGAGGAGACUACGGACAUUAGAUGGUCGUUCACUUGGACCUGAUGAGGAACCGCCUGUGCUUCCCAUUUCUGUUCAUGAAAGAGUGGCCAAUAACAACAUUGUAUCUUCUAUUUCCACUCAUGAAGGAGAAAAAACAGUUGCCCCUAUGGAGACACAGAAGAUAGACGAUACAGCAAAAGUUGGGGACCAAAAUAACCUAACGGUUAAAUCUAAAAAAAUGGAAGAACAUGCUCCUAUGGAUAAUGGCUUGGCAACUACAACUGCUUCUGGCAGGAAUGGCAUUGAAAAGACAACUGCUUCUGGCAGGAAUGGGAUUGAAAAGACAGUUGUUUCUGGCAGGAAUGAGAUUGAAAACUCGAGGCAAGAGGAGCAUAAGCAAACAAAGGAGGAAGAGGAGUUAGCUAGGAAGGCUGAGGAAUUGAGAAAAGCGGAGGAAGCGGCAUUGUUGAAGGAACAACGGCGAUUGGAGGAGAAAGCCAAAGCUAAGGAAGCACUGGAGAGGAAGAAAAGGAAUGCAGAUAAGGCCCUAGCUAGGGCCGCACUAAGAGCAAUAAAGGAAGCUGAGCAGAAAGAGAAGGAAAGGGAGAAGAAGGCAAGAAAGAAGGACAAAAGGAAGGCCUUAGCAGCAGAUGACAUCGGUAAUGUCAAUGAGGGAGAAUAUUCUCCAAUUUCUGAAACUCCAACUGAAACCAAGCAGUCUGAAUCAGGAGAGAAGCCAGUGAUAACGACAAUAACUAAGAGAUCUCAAAAGCCAUCUCAUUUCAAUAAGCAAACAAAGUCAAAAUCUAUGCCUCUGCCACUUCGCAAUCGGGGUAAGAGAAGGAUGCAGACCUGGAUGUGGGUCCUUCUUAGUGCUCUUGUUGUUCUUGCCUUAUUUUUAAUUGGAAGUGGCAGCUUCUCUCUACAAUGGCUUGGUUUCUAAAUAUAUUUGUUGACUAACUAGAUAAUCUAUAGAGUAUGAGUGCAUGGUUCGAUAGAUAUUUAGGCAAUUCUUUUUCUCUCUCGGCAGUAUUUUCCUUGCAGUUUGCAUUAUUUAAUUAACUGUGAGUGGUUUCAGAUAUACCCCUGAUAGAUUGGUUCUCUAUUGAUAUGCCCAUAUAAAUAUUACUUUUCAGUGAUUGCUUCUAUUUUGUACGGUAUAUAUGAAUGAAAUAAGUAGAAUGGUUUUUUGUCUUUUC